AAGAAGAGAGAGAGGAGUGCUGCUUACAGCUGGGAGAGAAGUACCUCGUACAGAGUGUGGGGUUGGGUUAUGGCCUCGAAGCUAUGCGACUCGUGCCAAUCGGCCACUGCCACGCUCUUCUGCCGAGCCGACUCCGCCUUCCUCUGCUUGGGCUGCAACUCCAAGGUCCACCCUGCCAACAAGCUCGCGUCCCGCCACGCGCGGGUCUUCCUCUGCGAGGUCUGCGAGCAUGCCCCCGCCCACGUCACCUGCAAGGCUGACGCCGCCUCCCUCUGUGUCACGUGUGACCGCGACAUCCACUCUGCCAACCCUCUCGCCCGCCGUCACGAUCGCGUUCCGGUCACCACCUUCUACGACUCCGUUAACCCCUCGUCUGGUGUCAAAGCCACAACCGCCGUUAGCUUCCUGGACGACCAUUACGUCUCCGAUGAGGACGGGGAUGGUGACGUCUGCAGGGAAGAGGCCGAGGCUGCCUCCUGGUUGCUCCCGAACCACAAUAACAAUAAUAAUAAGGUGAUGUCGAGUCAGGAUGCUAAUGCCGAUCGGUUUAUCUUCACGGACAUGGAUCCUUAUUUGGAUAUGGAUUAUGGGACCGGGGAGCCGGAAUUGGAAGCUCGGGAGCAGAAUAGUCCCGGUAAUGACGGAGUUGUACCCGUUCAGAGCAAGAGUGUUCGUCAGCCUCCGUUGCUGAAUGACCACUGCUUCGACAUGAAAUUUUCGGGCUCCAAACUCUACGCUUAUGGCUGCAACUCUCGGUCUCUCAGUCACAGCGUGUCUUCCUCGUCCCUCGACGUCGGCGUCGUGCCAGAUGGAAACACGGUGAACGAUAUAUCCGAUUCUUGCUGUAAGCCAACCUGCAUCGGAACGGAUUCAGAAAGCCUGACGGUUCAGAUAUCAGCAGCGGAUCGGGAAGCGAGGGUGCUGAGGUACAGAGAGAAGAGGAAGAACAGAAAGUUCGAGAAGACGAUCCGAUACGCGUCGCGAAAAGCCUACGCGGAGACGAGGCCACGAAUCAAAGGAAGGUUCGCGAAGCGGUCGGACGUUGGGGUUGCAGAUGAUGGUAGAUGUGGAUACGGCGUGGUUCCUACGUUUUGAGGUGAGUUAUCCAUCCUGAAGCUAGUGUUUUUGUUUAAAAAAUAGAUGAUGUGGGAUUGAAAUGCUGACCGUUGAUUUUAUAGAGGCAGGAAGAGGAACCAAAAAAGAAACAAGAGAGCCGAGAGGCGCAUCAUCAAGUGUUGCCUCCACUAAAGAUGCAAUAUGAUUAUAUAAGGGCUGUGGCCACUUGCUAGGGGUGGCAAUAUGUCAUACGAUUCGUUAAUCCAACACGAAUACGACACGAUAAUAGCAGGUUAGGGUUUAGCGUUAAUGGGUUCGGAUCAAAAUGGAUUGACCCGUUAAGACACGAUUGCUUAACAGGUUGAUAAUGGGUUAACCCGUUUUGACCCGUUAUGAUACGUUAAGAAAGUUAAAGUUACAAUUA